GCAUAUUUAAGGUCUUCAUUGUGGGUCCAGUGCUGCAGGCGGCGCAGUGGUUCGUCGAAGACUGGUUGAAACAUUAAAUCUCACAGAGUAAAUGGACAUAUAAACACACGUUAACUACACGUAUUGAGCAGCUUUGAUGCACAAAAAUGUUUCGGGGAUCGUCGAAUACCGACUAUCGCCGGCCACCGGUUCCGCCCUCAGGAUUCGUUCAACCCCCGUCAUCUUUUGGACCUCCGCCGUUCUGCCCCCCAUACAAUGGACCUCCAGGCCCUGGAUACUGCGGUCCACCGCUAGGUCCUCCGUCGGGACUUCUGCAGGCCAGUGCUUACAGCACAUUAUACGAGAACCGAUCCUUUACAAGCCACAAUGCUGCCCAAAGUGUAUCCACGCAAUCCACGCUGCUAAGCCCACAACUCGCAUCUUCAAAUCAGCCCCAGCUUGGUCACUCCUCGCAAAGCUGGUCUACCCAGAAGCAGGAUGAGCAAAACCAAGAAGUCAGGAAAAAAGCAGAAGAGUUUCUUCGAAUCUUGGAAGCAAGUAGCCGAAUUGAGCAGACGGGAGACAAAAGCAGCUCUGGGGAUCAUACUUCAGAUAAACGUCUUCACAGCCGAGGACGUAGUCGUAGCAGAGGGAAGAGCCGCCCGCGCAGUCGCAGUAGGAGCCAUGACAGGAGCCGGGGCCACAGUCGAGCACGCAGUCGUUGUCGUGGAAAAAGCCGAGCUCGCAGCCGAUCGCGCAGUGGGAGCCGCAGUCGAGCUAAAAGUCGCACAAGGGCUAAAAGUCGCCCAAGGAGUCGUAGUGGUAGUCGUAGUCGUGGGAAGAGUGUAACACGCUCCAAGAGUCAACCACGCCAGAGCCCUAGUAAGAGUAAACCGUCGUUCACGGUGACCGUAGGAAACAAUCACAGCUCAACUGGUACCAAUGUUGGUGGUAGUACCAUGCCUGAUUUGUUUUAUGGCCUACGAGAGAUCCUACAAAACAAAGAUCUGGAUAAACACCUGCCUUUGGUCAAGAAUGCCCUUCUUAGGAACCAGAGUUCUGAGGAGACAAAGGGAACGUUUCUGGAAAACCAGCCUGCCAUAACAGGCUUCCAGAACUAUGAGCCAAAGUUACAACCUGAAAUCUCUGCUGGACUCAAUUAUGGCUCUCUGCUCCCUCACGAGAGAGUUGGAGGAAGUAGCAGCAGCAGCAGCAGCUUUUCCAAUAUCUUAUUCUGGAACACCUCCAACCAGCAGCCUGAAAUCAAGCCUGAAAUUCACAGUGUUGAAGAUGAGGAGAAAUUCCUUUAUGGAGAGGAAGAGGAGAGAGCCAAACCCCAGGCUGUGACGGUUCCGUUAGCCCAGAGUAUAUCUGUGAGGUCUCCGGUUUAUCAUGAUGUAGGUAAAGAACCCCAUUAUCAAAGUCUACAGGAACCGAAGGCUCCUGCCACGCCUGGCAUUCAGCCUGCUGGUUCAGGACCUGUGAAAGUCACUCCAGAUGAUUGUGAGAAGGUGAGAAAUCUCCUGAGGACCAUCGGACUGAAUCCAGGCAUGGCUGACAUCUGUAAAAUGGCCGCAAGACUGAAGGAGAAGAGGGAGGAACCAGGAGGUGCCUCAGCGCAGCAACCGCUCAAACCAGCUCUGGAGUUUCUACAGGCAUUGUCCAAAGCAUCCAAAAGUGAUGACAGUCGGAGUAAUCGUUCUGGAAGCAACCAUUCUAAUCGUGAAUCAAAGCGAGAGAAGAAGGUGGAUGAAAAGGAGAAAGAAAAACGAGAGAAGCAAAUACAGAAGAAAAGGAAAGAGUAUUUGGUGAAGGAACUUGAGGGUCUGCUGAAACAGGAAGGCAGUGGGGAUUUGAUCCCAGUGAUGGGUUUCUUCUGCCAGCGCUGUGAGGAGUUUUUUGGGGAUCUGAAUAGUGCUCAGAAACAUGUUGACGGUCACAAACACGGUGAAAAAAAGCAGGUGGGGUCACAGGAACAGCACAGGGAUGCUAAAAGACAUGGAGAUCAGCAACAAACAUCAUCUCAUAAGAGAGAGAGUCCUGCCAAUAAGGGUGAGAAGUCACGUGUUCACCAGGAUCACAAAGAACACAGUCCUGACAGGAAACGCAUCAAAGAUGAAAAACAUCCUCAAACGCAACAUGAAUCAGAGGUCAAACACAGUAAAGAUGAGAGUAAAGAUAAACCUAAAGACAAACAGGAUGAUAAUGAGGAUGCAGAAUCGACAAAGAGUGAGAAAAAGAAAAAGAAGAAAGAGAAGAAAUUGAAAAAGAAGGAAAAGAAGAAGAAGAAAGAUAAGAAGAAAGAAGAAGCUGGUUCGCCUUAGAGUUUAGGGGUGUUUCUGUACGGUCAGCAUUGUUCAAUUCCUGAUCUUUGAUUAUUCUUCUGCUGGAUAAAGGUUUUGUUCAUGACGGUUCUUGACAGUUCCCAUGUUUCACACUCCGAUGACAUCCAGUGCAGUGUUUGUUUCCCUUAUAAAGAAACCACUUUCAACCCAUUACGUUAAAUGUAAAACCAGAGAUUGUCAAGCGUGCAGAGCCUGGUCACUUCUAUAAUGUGCACAACAGUCAGAUAUUCUGGUUUUGUUUUAAGUAAAGAAUGUUCUCUUCAA